AUAUACUUAGCAUGCAAGAGAGCAAUUCACGCCUAGAUUCUUACCGCAGAGAAAUAACCUCUGUUCACACAAAAACCUGUAGGCUAAUAUUUGCAACAGUGUUAUUUAUUUUAUUUAUUUAGUUUGGAGGCUUGCAGGAACUUAAUUCCCUGACCAGGGAUUGAACCCAGGCCCUCAGCAGUGAAAGAUCAGAGUUAUAACCACUGGACCACCAGGGAGCUCCCAACAGCUUUAUUUCUAAUUGCCCAUGACUUGAAAAGACUCACAUGUCCUUCAGCAAGAGAGUGGAUAAGCAAACUGGGCACUGACGGAAUAUUACUCAGUACUAACAAAGAACAAACACAACUAACUGGAUGAAUCUGAGAUGCAUUAUGUUAUGUGAAAGAAGCCACACUCAAAAAGAUACAUUCUGUGCAUGAUUCCAUUUAUAUGACAUUCUGGAAAAGGCAAACGUAUAGGGUUAGAAAAAAGACCAAUGGUUUCCUGGGGCUGGGAAUUGGGGAGAAGCUUGACUUACAUAGGUUAUAGGGAACUUUUACCUGUAUCUUAACUGUGGUGAUGAUGACAAGACUAUAUGUUUUGGUUGAAACUUAUGGAAUUGUUACCUAAAAAGGAUGGAUAACUGCAUGUAAAUUAUAUCCCCAAAUCUGACUUUAAGAUGAAAACACCACCAACAGCAAAAGUGAAUAAUGAAUGAUGUUCUUUAGCUUAAAUUCUCAUGAAGGGUUCAGUGGCUGUCACUUGCCCAUGAUUGGAUAAAGAUUUGUGAAGUCAUCGAUUACAGUGAUGUCUUGUUCAGACUCCAAAGUGUAGCCUCUUUAGUACUUUGGCCUCUAAUUGAGCAAUGGAAAUAGCUAUGACUAUAGAGAUGGGUGUUCUAAUAUUUUUAAACAGAAUGCUUCGGGGAGAUUAAAACAAAAGCUUCUGACUCUUGCUUUAGCAGAUCCAGUCUUUAGUGUGUGGACAUGUAAUCGGUUGUUGCUCUGUCUCCUUUCCUGGCUUCUUUGCUGUUAGAACAGUCAUUAAUGGAGUAGACUUACAUGCAUUUUUAGAUUGUUUUAAAUCUAAGCUAUAACAACUGGGCUGUGAUUUUUUUUUUCCUCCUAGAAUGAAUGAUACAAUAUUGUAUUGGGAAAAACCCAAGUUUUGAUUUGGAUGGGAAGAAGGAAGGCUUAUUUCAUCACUAUAGCCAGUAUAAUUUAAAUAUAACUCGCAAAUGUUGAUAGCAGGAAUUAGAAGAUUCAGACUGAAAAUUCAGUGGCGCUCUGAAGCAGUAUCUCUUAAUAAUCACCAUCUUCUGUAAAUCAAAGUCAAAAUUUGAUUUUGAAGGAAGAUUUAACUCUGAACUCUUUGCUUGAUUUAUGGGGUUGAAGGAUAUAACUUCUCCCUUUAUGGAACAGAUAGCUGGAUAAUGCAUGUGAGAUUGCAGCAGUCUUUUCCCAGUAGAAGACUCAUUGUUAAUUUAAAACCAGGACUUACUAGGUUGGUUUAGAUUUAAUGCAAUCCAGUAUGUCAGCGGAGCAAACACUUAAUCAUUAACCACUUGUGAUGCCUAUUAUGAGGGUUGGGUUUGCGCAGCCAAAUAAGCCGCAAGCCCCGUUUUCAAGGAGUUCACCAUCCAGCGUGGUCACCUAAGCUGUGUGCAGCCCCCUUAAGUCCAGCUGCAGGAGAGACCCCCCUAGAGGAAGCCCUGACCUGGGAUGCGUCGCUUCAGUUGGGCCUUAUUGGAAGACUGAUAAAGAGAAAUAAGAUGAUUCAGGUACACCAUUAAGUUCUUUGGAAUACACAAAAGUAUCUGACUAGAAAGCUUAUGAAAUAGAAGACAAGAUCCUGCCUCAGGAAGCGUACAUGAGAAUAAUUUUAAAGGAACCCAGCGAUAAAUGCAAAACAGUAGCUGUUGGAGGUGAUGGAAAUGUACAGGAACAAUGGGAGAAGCCGGUAACUUAUAGGAAGCCAAGAUGACAAGAAUUUAAAAAAAUAAUCAAAGGAAGAAUGUUCUUCAGAAAUGAGGUGAAUUAAUGCUCGGGCACUCAAUAACCCUGGACAGCUACAUGAGGUGUUUAAAACCUGCCUUGACCAUCUCGCCACACAGCUCUGUUAUGAGGCCUGACAGGAUGAACGCAGCGAGGAGGGACAGUGUCCUGCCCUGUCGGAACGGUGACUGCUGACCUGCCAGGAGCAAGCAGGGGGCCUCACAUUGUCUGCCAGCACAAUGAAGGAAGUGGUCUACUGGUCACCCGAGAAGGUGGCAGACUGGCUGCAGGAGAAUGCUAUGCCAGAAUACUGUGAGCCUCUGGAACAUUUCACAGGCCGGGACUUGAUCAACCUCACCCAGGAGGAUUUCACAAAACCCCCGCUGUGCCUGGUCACCUCUGACAACGGGCAGCGGCUCUUGCACAUGAUAGAGACCCUGAAGAUGGAGCACCACUUGGAAGCACACAAGAACGGCCAUGCCAACGGGCACCUCAGCAUUGGCACCGGCAGCCCCUCCCCUAACGGCAGCUUCAGCAUCAAGGUCAAACCCAACGGGAUGCCCAAUGGGUAUAGGAAGGAAAUGAUCAAGAUCCCCAUGCCAGAACUGGAGCGCUCCCAGUACCCCAUGGAGUGGGGCAAGACUUUUCUGGCCUUUCUUUAUGCACUUUCCUGCUUUGUUCUCACCACAGUGAUGAUCUCGGUCGUCCAUGAACGAGUACCUCCCAAGGAGGUGCAGCCUCCACUACCGGACACGUUUUUUGACCAUUUUAACCGGGUGCAGUGGGCCUUUUCUAUUUGUGAAAUUAACGGCAUGAUCCUUGUGGGACUCUGGUUAAUUCAGUGGCUGCUCUUAAAGUACAAGUCUAUUAUUAGCAGAAGAUUUUUCUGCAUAGUUGGCACGCUGUACCUGUAUCGGUGUAUUACAAUGUAUGUAACCACACUCCCAGUGCCCGGUAUGCAUUUCAACUGCUCUCCGAAGCUUUUUGGAGACUGGGAAGCCCAACUGCGGAGGAUAAUGAAACUCAUCGCUGGCGGCGGCCUGUCCAUCACAGGCUCCCACAACAUGUGUGGGGACUACCUGUACAGCGGCCACACGGUCAUGCUCACACUCACCUACCUAUUUAUAAAAGAGUAUUCCCCUCGACGACUGUGGUGGUACCACUGGGUCUGCUGGCUUCUCAGCGUGGUGGGAAUCUUCUGUAUUCUCUUAGCGCAUGACCACUACACUGUGGACGUGGUGGUGGCGUACUACAUCACCACAAGACUCUUCUGGUGGUACCACACUAUGGCCAAUCAGCAAGUGCUAAAAGAAGCUUCCCAGAUGAACCUCCUGGCCAGAGUGUGGUGGUACAGGCCAUUUCAGUACUUUGAAAAGAAUGUCCAAGGAAUUGUACCUCGAUCUUACCAUUGGCCCUUCCCCUGGCCGGUAAUCCACCUCAGUAGGCAAGUUAAAUACAGCCGACUGGUGAAUGACACAUAACAGUUCUACAUGGUGGAGAAAGAGGAACUGUCCGAAGUGCUAAGAACUCCAUGAGAGAAGAUGCCAUAAAAUAAACAACUCCCUAAUCCUAUUAUCUUUCAACAAUUACCUUGACUUAACCUAUUGAGUUACCUGGUCAGCACUGUGAUCUUUUUUUCUCUCCAAAGGACCUGCGUUGGACAACAAUAAAGAAAACUCAACCUAUCAUACACUGUACACAUUUCCUGUCCAUAAGUUUGGGAUUUACAUAAUCUGCGACCACCAUGUUCCUUUGUAUAUGAUGCAACAGCAUAAAUGUAAGCUUUUAUAUCAUCAGUUCUGGUCUUUCCAGUUACAUCUGGAAAUAAAGCGUAUUAUUUUCUUGGGAAAACAUACUUUUCAUAUCUCUUGCCCCAAAGAUUGGGCUGUAAGCCAUUUUCUAGCAAAUGUCUCUAUGAAGGUUUCUUAAGUACCUGAAUGGGGUUCGAUUCUGAAAUCUUUCUACCUGUUGCACCGAUAUUCAAAAAAAAUGACAGACACAGGAAGGUUUGGUAACUUUGGGUUUUGUAAAAAUCAGCAGAGACAGUGUCAAAAAGUGCAAAAAAAAAAAAAAAAAAAGAUUCUGUUAUAAAGUGAUUUUCUAAGUAUUUCCUAACUUUAUUUUUCAAAAUGAUGUUAUGAAAACCAAAUUUAAAGAUUUUUACAUGUCAGAGAACAGAGAGUUAAAAUUUAAAAAUGCUUCUUGGGAGAGAAAUUUGUCUAUGUUUCUAGUGCCUUUCUUGUCUUGAUUGUAUGGUCAGUAGGCAAUCUUCAAUGUUUUUAUUUAAAAUAAAUAUUCCAUGAAAAUAUAAAUGUAUGUAUACACUACUAAAUUUUGCAUUUAUAGCUAAAUUCAAUCAGAAGACUGUUUAUGGUUCUCAAACUGCUAUGAAUUAAAGAAUGGGGGAAUUAAUUGGAAAGUCAGAGCCUGUUCCCAUAUUGUGAGCAGGCGGCGAUGACAUGUACCACUUCAAUUAUUUUACCAUCUAUUUGGUAGUUCGAUUUUAACUAUACAAUGAAAACAGCCAUGAAUACUUUGUUUUUAAAAAGAGAGUUUUGAAAAUGAUCACUUAACUAAAACUUGAAAGCUAUAAAUUAGUUAUCCAUACUCUCAUGACAAUUUUGUUGGUGAACAACAAAAAAGAGAUAUAUUUCUUUAAAAUAUAUUUGUGCAGGAACUGCAUGUAGUUCUAAGUUUUACUCCUAACAAAAGUAUGUUUGGGGAAGUAUUCUAUUCUAUACUUGCCAAUGUGGAGAACAAAAUAGUUUUUUAAGGAUGAAGAAGUAUAUAUAUCCAUUCUGUAUUUUACGUGCAGCAGAAUUAUCUUCCGUAGGGUUUUUUGUGUAUUCACAAGGUAAUAUUUGUAUUGUAAAACAAUAAUGGUGAAGGAAAUAAAAAGGCUUUUAAAAUUU